AUGGAGUACCAGGAAAAGAAGAUUGUGCCACCAACCCGCGUGACACACAUCACGUUUCACCGGAUAAAGGACCCGCUGUACGUGUUCCAGUUGACCAUAUGGUCUCUUCCGCCGCUGGCCGCCGCUGCGAUUACGUUCGCAGCCUUUCUGCGCGCGCGCCCACAACGCAGAGUGCCUGGCGGGUACGCAUUACGCUUCCUCUUCUUAACUCUCUUCUUCUGGUCUGCUUUUAACGCGAUUGCAACACUGGUGAGUUCUGAAAAAGCCAUUUUUCUGGCUACCCAGUUCGCCUAUCUGGGCGUAUCGCUGGCUCCAGUGGCCUGGUUUGUUUUUGCCGUGACGUACAGCCAACGUGUUUUAAAGAUUUCGCGGCAUGCGCUGAAUACCAUUUCGGCGCUACCGUUAAUCACCAUGUUGCUUGCGCUUUCGAACUCCUCCCAUCACCUGAUCUGGAUUGAUCUACGCUUCGUCUCGGCAGAUGGCUUCACCGGGUUGAUCACAGAACAUGGCUUCUGGUUUUAUGUACAUGCCGUCUACUCAUACGCAUUGAUCCUGGUUGCCACCGCCGUGUUGGCUUUUGCCCUCACACAAUACAAACAACACCACCAGAGUCUGUUGGCGGCGGUAUUCGCACCGGUUGUUGCAGUUACCACCAACCUGUUAUCACUGUCUCCCUGGAACCCCUAUCCCUGGCUGGACCUGACCAUGGUCGGGUUUGUUGUCGCGGUUCUUAUUCUUGAUGUCGGCAUCAUGCGCCGCGGUCUUCUGCGCAACGCGCCAGUCUCCAGAGAGCGCGUUAUUGAGCACCUCAAAGAUCCGGUGCUGGUCCUUAAUCACGAUGGCGAAAUCAUUGACGCCAAUCAAUCGGCGCUGUCUGCCUGGGAUCACGAGUUCAGCCUGCUUGGCAAUACCAUCGACGAGCUGAUUCCGAGGAUACCUAGCGAAAUUCUCUUCAGCCCUGACAGCAACAGCGAAACAACUAUCGCCGGACGCGCUUACGAAAUUGCCUCAACGCCGUUAGACCCCACCAACGUUGCAACCCAGGUAGCCAUUGUAUUCCGCGACGUCACGGAACGCAGAGCAGCCAUUUCCGCUCUGCAGAAUGCAAAAGCAGAAUUGCAGCGCAUGGCGCAUACUGACGCACUGACCAAUAUGCACAAUCGACGUUAUUUCAUGGAACGUCUGCAGACUGAGUUCGAGCGCAUCCAACGCCACGGCAGCGUGCUGUCUGUUCUGCUGUUCGACCUGGAUCAUUUCAAGAAAGUUAAUGAUACUUACGGCCAUGACAUUGGUGACGCUGUGCUCAUCGCGAUUGCUGAUGUGGUCAACCAGGUGAAACGCGGGACAGACAUCGCCUGCCGAUUUGGUGGUGAAGAGUUUGCCCUGCUGCUGCCGGAAACCGACAAGAUAGGUGCCAUCAACUUAGCGCAGCGGAUGCGCAGAAGCAUCGAAAGCUACCCUUAUGCCACCAAGGUUGGUCACAAUGUUCAGGUUACCGCCAGUAUCGGCGUCGCCACACUGUCGCAGGCAGAUCAGGCACCGGAAAACCUGUUGAAAACGGCUGAUCGUGCGCUUUAUAAAGCCAAAGAUGGCGGUCGCAACAUGGUAUGCAUCAGCAACGACUAG